GUUUCUAUUUCGUUUGUGUUGAAUUUAUUGGUGUUUCUUUUACAUUAUUUCUUUAAUGUGUGAUAUUAUACAAUACUUGUGUACUGACUACUAUAAUCAAUAAAAAGCGAUUCACGUGCAGUGCCUCGUGUUCUCGCUAAACGAUGCGGUUGGGAGCAGUGCUUAACGUACUUCGCAAUUGUAGUAGUUCGCGGUUUUAAAAUGCUUGCACGAGUGAUACAAUGAAUAAGAGACAAUACUGAUUUCGUAAUACGAUUCCAAAUUACACUAUCUCCGUGUGUUUCCGACAGAUUAUUAUCCAUUGUAAAUGCAAUAUUAUCGCUUAUGCGUUCCUCGGACGAUCGUGUAGAAAAAUUCUGAGAUUUGGCGCCAACAUAACCUCAUCUCACCUCGAAUCGCGAGAAACGAUUUUUAAAUGCAACUUUUACUGAUGAUAUUUCGGUAGCUCGUAUGAGAAAUGAGGGAGUUAGAGGAAGUCAAUUGCGAGAUUCGCAGAAUUGUAAAUCUUCAAUUCCCUGUGUCAAACUGGUUGAGGAAUUCAGAGACAGAUGAACAUGGCCAGUCUGCAAUCUCCCAGGAUAACAUUAAUGGAGGAUUUCUGAAUAAUGGCACAUAUGCAUGGAUGAGUUAUGGAUGCCACUUAGUUGUUUUUAAUGUAAAAAUAGGAGAAAGCAUUAGCAGUUGGACGUUCCGUGGUGUUGUAACAUCUGUUUCUCAAUUUCCCACACAACCUGGAGAAUUUCCAUUGUUGCUGGUUGGAAUAGAUAAUUGUGCAAGUAAAUUAAAAGAUUCCUCUGGCUUAGUGUGUGUAUUUGAUUGCACUAAAUCUCGUGUUUUGAGAGCAAUCCGUAUGCCAUGUGGUGUAGAACAAAUAUGUGUCAUAUCAGGUGGCGCAGAAUGGGAAGAGUUUAAUGAUAAAAGACCAGAUAACAUACUAAAUGAAAUGAAUGGAAUUGCUUGUGUAGUGUUACGUAAUCUUCACCAUAUUAUGAUUGACCUUCAAAGAUCUACAUGGGAUAUACAUGAUUCAUGUAUUAUGGAUGAAAUGUCACCAGCAGAUAUACAUCUUCUUUCACCAACACAAGUUGUCAACAGACAACAAUCCGAUCAUGGAAAGCAUAUAGCCUACAAUUUGCUGAAUAGUCGUAUCGAAAAACAUAUUGGCUUCAAUAGACAAAGUUUUGAGUCGUCCCCUUUAUUUGAUGAAAGUUUGACUACGGCAAUUAUUAGUUCUGUAAAAAUUGGUUGUUUGAUUUCCGGUUGUUUGGGUAGAGUGAUAAUUUGGCAAAACGAUGGUUCCGUAGGAUGGAUUAGUGCGCCUAUUGACGAAAAUAUGGCAGUCACCCAUUUAGCUUUAAUGGAACCUACAGAUGAUCCUAGACCGUUUUGCUACUUAUGGGUGGUGUUCCAGGAUGAGUCAUCAAACACACCACCGGUAUUGCGAAUGUACGCUAUGUUGUUCGAGAGAAAAUACUGUGACAGAGGAAUGAACUUGUAUUUCAACUUGGAAGCUAAUCCUAGUUUAAAAUUCGAGUCGGAAUUGAACGAAGGAGACAAGAUCGUAAGUUUGGGCACUGUGGAAAGAGAAUCCAAUCCGGAACAAUCCGAGUCGGGUGUUAGAAGAGGCGAAGACAACCUGCUACUCAUCACAACAAACGAGAGGGUAUUGUUGUUUGAUCUGAAUCAAUGGUACAAAGAACAAAUGCCGCACACUAUCAGCGAGUGCGAAAAUCCAAACAGCAUAUUUGCGACUUAUUGCACACAGUCGGAUGCAUCAAGUGCAGGAAAUCAAAUUAUAAGCUGCAAUUAUAUUCCACUGAGUUUGCAAGAGGUUUCCACUAACGCUCCUAACUCAUCGGAGAAACUAUUCUAUCCUAAUUCUCUGUCGUUCGAAUGGGUAGAUUUACGUUCAACGAAACUGACAUUCUGGAUGACUCGCGGCAUUCAGGCGGAUCUGCUACGCGAAAUGGCCAUGGCAGGCCCUAUCAUACUGAUACAACCAACCGAAACAUUUCAUAGAUGUCUCUCGGUUGGGUUGGUGCCAUUCAAUUCGGAAUGUUCAGAAUUUUCGUUCACCAGUGAUCAGAAUACGCAACGAGAAAUGUUGCUGUCACUCUGCUUAGAACAACGGUGGUCCACAUUCUUGGUAAAAUGUGCCAUGGAAUGGUCAGAUGGUAGUGCCUCUUAUUUGUAUCCUACUUUUCUCAAGUGGGGUGUUCAGAGAGCCUCUACUAUAAAAAUGAUCGCAGAUCGUCUUUGCGUCCCUCUAUUCGAUCAGUCAGGUAGCAGCAUCGGUGAGGCUGAUGUGAAGACCUUGCGAUUCUGUUCGCAGCAAUUGGAAUGUUUGUCCAAUGUGGUAAGUAAGCUACCAUCCGCGACGGCGGAUUUGAUAAAGCAACGAAGGACGCUAAAACGCGUGUCCACGUACUUCCAAGUGCUCCUUUGGUUCUAUGACGUAGGACUGUUGCCCGAAACGCAAGAUUUGGAGGAGGAGGGCACUCUCCCUAUCUCCUUAACGCUAAGAGUGCCUUAUCCCUACGAAAAACUUUCUACGCUUUAUAAAGAAAAACGGCAAGAGAAAAGCAACAGAGACAAUGAAAACGAAGAAGACUUGUUCAUUGACGAGCUAAUAACACGCGAAUGUUCUGUGUUGAAGGCACAAUGGGAGAGAGAAGGUGGCACAGCUACGUGUGGUUGUUAUCCACCGCCGUCAUUACAGUCUGUAUUACGAAAUUACUUGACCAAUUGUCAUCAAACAGAAACAAGCGAGAUCAGCUGCAAGCAUCAGAUUACGAUCUAUCUUUUAAUGGACCUGGCUAUGUUGCUGCAACGGCAGUAUCCCGCGGUCGAUCAGCUGAUCAAGUAUCCGUCCGCAUUCAAAAUGAGUCCCAGCCUCAUCAAGCUUACUCAGGCGUUUUGGCUGCUCGAUCACGAGGACUAUCAAGGAUUUCUUGACAUGAUGACCGGCCAGUUGGUCUCGGAUUGCGACGUCAAGGACUGGCAUCAUAGGCUCAUACUGCGCACUUUGGUGCGCAAUAAUCAGCAUAAACUGGCGCUCGUAUAUCUUCGCGUAAGAAAACCUCCUCUGUCCUCAAUGGAGGAGCAAGGUAUAGCCGUGAGUUUGUCGGUGGAACACGGUCUGGUUCAGUCGGCUUUUCAUCGCAGGCCACCUUGUCACUACGAACAAUUACUGGCCUGUUUCUUCCGAGCAUGCAAGAAAUACGGCAAACUCAACGAGAUUCUGCAUCUGGCAUUAGACUCCGAAGAAGAAGAAGUUUUCGUUAAGUUUCUUGAAGAGAACAGAACGGAAGAUUUGCGCUUGUUAUAUUAUCUGCAACGGUGUCGUUAUAGCGAAGCUAUCAGCAGCUAUUCGAUCCAAUACCAGUCGAACUUCAUCAAAGACACGCAGUCCACGACGUUCAAUAUGCUUGGCGCUUACAACGCUACUUUGCCCGACAUUACAAAACGAUUCUCCACAAAUGCGGCCGCGACUGGCCAAGACAUGGAUCUGAAGGCGCGCUAUCCCAGACCUAUGUCACACUGCAAAAGCCACGAUCAGUUGCAGAAUAUAUACGAAACGGUAAUUGCGAAAUCCCGAGAGACCUACCUUCGAGGAGAGAAGUGUCAGACGCCAUUUGUUAGCGCUCCCUGCACAUCUCUGAAGCUUAACAAUUACAGCACAAAUGUAAACUGUAUAUUAUUUCCAAUGCAUAAGAGUCGCGGUAAACGCACAUUGGAUCAGAUCUACGAUAGGGAUGAUAAUACAAACGACGGGCCGGAUCACGUGAAACGCCGUAAACUGUCAGAUGGGACCGUGUCGUCGAACAAAUCAAGUUCAAAAGAAUCUGGAUUGACAACGGCUUUCGAUACGCCUUUGGUAAAGCGUAAACUUGACGCGUCCAUGAACAAAGACAGUGUACCACCAACACCACAAUCGAUUUUGAAAAUCAGACAGCUUAUAAGAAGCUCAAUAUCUCCUAGUGCCACAUCGUCACAAACAAUAGAAGUCGCCGAUGGACUGUCCACUAAUGAGAGGGAGAAGAAAAUCAAUAGACAAAUACGAUUUAACAUCAAUCAGACUAAGAAAACCUUGAUAUACGAAGAGGCAGAGAAAGAAGAAAAAGAAGAAGAGGACGAAGACGAAGAAGAAGAAGAAGAAGAAGAAGAAGAAGAAGAAACCAGCAACAAGGUAGAUAUGUCCGUUAGUUCGAACGAGAGUAACGAUGAGUUCUAUAAUCCCGGCAGCGAGUCAGAACACGAAACCGCAAUUCUAAGCAACAGCAGCAUUACCUCCAGUAACAUCUAUAGCUAUGCUCGUCCGCGUCCCAGCCUCAGAAGAAGUGCCUUACAAUCGUCCGUAGAAUCGAUACAUGAAUCUUACUCGAAGAAAGAAACGACUGAUGCGAUGGCCACGUCGGCUCCCAAAGAGAAGAUCAAUAAGUCACCGUUUGUUCCGAAAUCACCGAGAAAUCGCAGCUCAUUGCUAGCAACCUCUGUCUAUUCGACUACUAUACUGCAUUCCGACACCAGCAUUGAUAUUAGUAACCCACAAAGAUUAGAAAGCACGUUGGAUUUGAGAAUGUCUUUGGAAAGAGAUCAUAAUAACAAAUGUAUUAUUUCGUCUACUCCAUUGACAAAGAGUGUAGCUGCUUCACAGUUCGUUAACAAUGAACAUAUAAUGAAAAUUGACGAUAAUGAGGAACGCAUGAUGGGCUCUUUUGUGAGUGAUGCACGCAAGACGAAAGAGGAUCUUAACACAACUAGCGAGAUUGAAAGGCGGUUGAGCGUCGAACAUUCUGGUUACAGAAACGACUUUGUGGAACGACGAGACGAGAGCUUAGAGAAACGCGCGCAAGGCGAGAGUCAGCAGAGUGAGAGCAAAUACAACAACGGAAGCAUCACGAGAAAAAAGAGUUCUUACAAAGACCAGGUUGUAAUCUCCGAAGCUAAAAACAUCGCAGUGUCAAAUCCGGUCGUUUUAGAUGAGUCCGAUGACGAGCUACUUCGGUUACGUUACGAUGAGGAUAGUGAAGAUGAACACGAGACGUUCGAGAGUUUAUCCUCGAAUGUGGAUACACAAAUGCAACAGUUGAAUAGCGAAGCUUCUAAUCUUCGUGCAUCCGAAGCUUCAAAUCCUGAAUAUAAAACGGAAGAACGUGGAAUGAAGAAGUCCAACGGUUUGCAGGAGUCGAUGCAGAUGAUGGCCGAUUUCACCGACGACGAGUCCAUAAGUAGCAGAGGUCUAACUCCAGCGAUAUCCGACGAGGCGGAUAAUAACAAAAAGGAAGAAUGUACAAAUCCAGAUGCUUAUUCGGAAAACAUUUUUUACGAUAUGUCGAAUAUUACGGACGACGAGUCCGACUCCAAUAUUAGAGAAGAGGAACCGAAAACGAAGAAUGGAGGAUUAACUAACCUACGAGAACAAUAUGUGACACAGAAUACAGAAGCGGAGAAAAAAUCGAGCAAGAGACGAAGCGUCAAAAAAGAUGUAAAUAAGAAAACCACUCCUAAAAAAGUUCGGUCAAGUCAUAAAGUAGACAAUAGUAGGGUUAAGAUUUCCGAUGAGUCGGCUGAAUCUCAAGAAAAACAGUCAAAAGAUAGAAGUUUCUCGAAGAAUAAGAAGAGUCAGGCAGAGUCUAGUUCGGUAGCAGAAAAUCUGGAUGUUUCGUCAGAAGACCGUCUUCCGUGCGUUGUUCUUAAUCGUCUACCGGCAGAAGCUUUGACGACGGAUUCACCAUCGCGUGAUACCGAUAAACGCUCUGCGCGAUCACGAAAGGUAAGUUUGUUGAAAGAUUCGCCGAUGGAUUCUCCACAGACAAGUGCGAGUAACGAAGAACCUUCGCGAUUGCAAAAGAUGACUUUACUCACGCCGAACUCGAUGACAAAUUCUUUGCAGGAAGUAAAAUCUGCAAAAACACCUUCGCGAUCGCGAAGAGCAGCUUCAGUUACGUCGGAUGUAUCGACAGAUGCUUUGGAAGAAACGGAAUCUGUGAGAUCGCUGCGUUCAAGAAGAGCGAACUCGGUAACAAAAAGUAUAGAAUCUUCAUUGGAAAAACGACCGCGUGGCCGAAGAGCGAGUUCUCUUAUGAAGGAAGUGCUGAUGAUGAACACGGCGAUGAACGAAGACUCAAAACCGGCAAUUUCAUUAGAACUAGCCACUUCUGAUGUACAAUCGUCACCCAGAAGAAGUCUGCGCAAGUCCACGAUUCUUCAGAGCGAAAUGAAGGACAGCGAUACCGAGUCUAACAUCGAGGAUAAGCUGCCGGUAAGAAGAAGCAGGAGGAGAAACACGCUUACUUCUGCAAAGAAAGAAUUGGAAGCGGACAUGUCGAAGAAUCUUGCAAAGUCAAAGAGCACAUCGUCGCUCACGAAGUUGGCAAACGACGAUGAAGAGAAUAAAUGUACGAGACCUUUGCGUGCAAGAACAUCUUCGGUAUCGUCCGAUACGGCAAUCAGCACAAGCAGGUCUUUGAGAUCGUCUACGAGGAGUUCAAAAGCGGGAAUUUGCAAAGAAGAAUCGGAAACGCCGGAGACAAAAACAAGGCAAAGACGCGGUAGUUCACUGCCUACAGAAAUCGUUGUACAGACCGGUAGGAAACGUAAGUUCAUGACAAAGGAAAAUAUUCCGGAAGAAGCCGAGUUUUCGGAAGAGUCGAUGACGCUUAGAAGUUCCCGUGCGAAAAGUAUGGACAAAAUUGCCAAUCAACCGACGCUAAAUACACGCAGUCGAAGUACAUCGUUAUUAUCCAUACCAGAGGAAUUAGAAGAUAUUUUGAGUCCGUCAAGAGAGACAAGAUCCAGCAGAAAAGCUGCGCAGAGCAGAGAGAGAAGAGCCGUUAGCGCCGAUAUAUCGGAUCAGGAAGUUAAAAAGAAGAUUAGAAGCAAGACUACUCGUGCGAGAAGUAUCGCGGCAGAACCGAUAGCGGAAGAGUGCACAGAAAACGAAGACGGAAUGGAUUUAGAAAAGAUGGCGGGUGAAACUGCGCGAAAUGCCACCGCGUCCAAAAAUACUGAGUCCACGAUCGUUAAAAAGGCAAAAACUGAUACGAUAAAGAAGCGAGGCAGGCCGCGCAAGACUAGCACGAGUCAAGAACCUAGCAACAUCUUUUCUUUUUCGCAACCGGAGAAGAUGGAUGACUUACCGUCAGAUAAAGAAGACAUUGGGGAAGUCCCGAAAUAUGUCUUCUCACCACCCCAAAAUAGAUCCAAAAUUAUUUCUUCGAACCAGCAUCGCCGUAGAAAAAUAAUCUCGUUCAUACCGAGUCCUUGUCAGGAAGCAGAACAAAGGCCCGCUAUCCGGAAACCUCACAGUAUCGUCGAAUCUGGCUCUUACACUCGUUUAACUAUAAAUAGCUUUCGAUCGCGAUUUCGGACAAAAUUCGUUAUACCUAAAAGAUCUAAACAUAUAGAUUGAAACAGAUAAUUAGGAGCUCUUGAUAAAUUAUCGUGCACAUAUACACAUAUGAUUUGUAAGUCAUUGAUUCAUACAUCUUUUUCUUCAAAACAUUUUUUUAACGACAUUUACAUCCACUAAAAUUAUCCGUGUAAUUUCUCGUCUCACAGACGUUAACUUUUAAAAUAAAUACUUACUAUAAGUAUACGACUACAUAGUAAGUAUUCUAAAGUUCUUCUAAUACAACAAUGUAAAAUGAAACCAUUUCACAACAUACAUUACACAAUCAUGCUGUUAUAGUGUUACGUAAAAUUGUUGAUUAGUUUCUCCAGUGUUUGUGUUCUAAUCUAAUAACAAUACAAUGGUACGCAUUAUGUUCAUUGGUAUGAUUGACAACAAUCGUAAGUGUUGGUGAUCGAAGAUAGAUAGAAUCAUUGAAUUAGACAGUUAAGUGAUAAAUUUUAAGUGUUUUUCCUUUUGAGUUAACCGAAUUGUUGUAAAGUGAAACAUUUUUGUAUGCUAAGCGGGACCAUACGAAACACAUAAAAACGGUUCUGUUGUUUUAUAUAGAUAUUGAACUUACGUUAUUUCUCGAUAGCUGGAUGUAUAAAACUUGUUGAAAUACGUAUA